AUGGAUGAUUUGGAUCUUGGAAUUAAGAAGUUGUUGAAAAAAACUGAAGAUUUACAUUUGGAUGAACUCAAAGGCGUGAAGAUUGCAUUGCGGGAGUUAAUAGAUGAGGAAAGCAUAUCGCAGUUGAAGAAUCUGCAUAUCCAAAAUGGUUUAGAUACUGAAUACAUUAUCAAUGAUGAAUAUGGGUUUCCUCAAUUACAGUCUCUGACACUGCAUGAUCUUCCUAAGCUCAUUAGCUUUUGCCCUCAACACGAACCCGGUGCUACCAGCUUAUUACCUCAACAUGAGUUGCCACUUUUCAAUAAAAAGAUAUCGUUCCCUUACUUAGAGAAUUUGUGGCUGAAGUCGAUUAAUGUUACGAGGGUAUGGCACAAUCAGCUUUCAAACUUUGAGAUAAUUGGGUGCUACUGCUUAAGAGAGAUCAUUUUUAUGGAGGAAAUAGAAGAAGAAACCCAGGCUGCUAUAACUUUAUCAUUAUUUCCUCAGUUAAAGUCUUUAAAGCUAGAGGAUCUUCAGCAUCUGAUUGGAUUUUGCUCUGACUAUCAAAUUCAAGUUAUUGAAUUUCCAGCCAUGAAGUCACUGACGGUAGACAACUGUCCCGAAUUGGAGGGUUUCAUAUACAGAUCUUCAAUGGAAGGCAACCGACGCAUCUGUAGUCAUGUUUUGUUCGGCAAUAAGGUUGCAUUUUCCAGUUUGGAGGAAAUGAGUAUUUCCUUCUUGACAAAGUUGAAGAUGAUAUGGGAGAACCCACUUCCACCAAAUUCAUUUCCCAAACUAAGAGAAAUCGACAUUUCACAUUUAUCAAACUUGAAAUAUAUUUGGAAAAACGGUCCCAAAGACAUUUUUUCAUUUAAAAAUCUACAUCGAAUAUAUGUUUGGAAUUGUGCGAGUCUGAAGAAUGUAUUUCCAGCCUCAGUAGCCAGAUAUCUCCCACAACUCAGUGGUCUUAUAAUAGCCCAUUGUGGAGUGGAGGAGAUUAUUUCCAAAGUAGAGGAAGGAUUGGAUUCGGAAACUACUGUCACUUUCGAGUUUGAUCAGCUGUCCUACCUUUGGCUUUGGGGGCUACGAGAAUGCAAAUGUUUCUACCCAGGUAGGCAUACCACAGAGUGGCCAAUGUUAAAAGAGUUAAAAGCAUACGAGUGUGGGGAAAUGAAGAUAUUUGGUACACAACUCAUCACUCACAACCAACAACUUGACUCCCAACCACCACUUUUCUUGGUUGAAAAGGUCAUCCCUAAACUACAACAUCUGGAAAUCGGUGAUGAUUACAUUGCAAUGAUAAGUGGUGGUCAAUUUCCAAACAACCUUUUCCAUCAAAUAAAAGCUUUUAGGGUGGAAGGCAACCGUAAUAAAUCAGAUAAUGAUUUCCAAAUUUCUUUCCUUGAAAGAUUCUACAAUCUAGAAGAGCUUUGUAUCCUUGAUUGUGAAAUCAAAGAGUUAUUCUAUACCGAAGGAGAUGCUGGUAAUAAGGGGACGUAUGAUGGGACACUGUCAACAAUUAGAAAAAUAGAACUGACACUUCUUGACAAUCUAAAACAUUACUUAUGGAAGCAAGACGUACAAGUGGACCGCAUUCUACCCAACCUUGAAACUCUUGAAGUUCACCAUUGUAGGAAUCUGAUGAGCUUAGGAUCAUCCUCAGCAUCGUUUCAAAAUCUCACCACCUUGAAGGUGUGGGAAUGCGAACGAAUGAAAUACUUAGAUACAUGUCUAGCAGUGCAGGGUCUGUCUCAACUCAAACAAUUGAUCAUAAGAGAAUGCAUUUCAAUGAAGGAAAUAGUUGGAAGUGAGGAAGAUGAAGCAACGUGCAACAUUAUAUUCAGCAGGUUGAAAAGUUUGGAACUUGUGAAUCUACCACGACUUCAGAGUUUUUGUUCAGGCAACCACACAUUUGGAUUGCCAUGUUUAGAGGAAGUGAUAGUGAGUGGCUGUCCUGAGCUGGAGAUAUUUUGUAAGGGAGUUUUAAAUGCGCCGUUGUUGCAAAGUGUAGAAUAUGGAAAAGGUAAAGAACAUUGGAGUGGUGACCUUGACAGCACUGUCCAACAGUUGCAUUCAAAAAAGGUUGGGUACCAAGGCAUCAGUCAUUUGAUCCUUUCCGAAUUUUCCAAGUCAAUAUGGAAGGAGAAAAGUGUAGAUUUCAAGAACCUCAAAUUUUUAGAAGUUGAGUGUAAUUGUAAUAGCUUGAAAUACAUAUUUAGCGUUUCCAUGGCCUUGGAACUUGUGCAAUUGAGAGAUAUAAGAGUUAAAAAAUGUCCCAUGAUGGAGUACAUUAUCAAGAAAGAAGCAGAGGAAACUGCGAUGGAUACAGUCUGCUUACCAAAUCUUGUGAAGAUAAGACUGGAGUCAUGUUCAGAUUUGAAAAGUUUUUGCAUGGGAAGUAUUACUCUGCAUUGUCCAUCUUUGAUAACAAUUGAAGUAGAUGACUGUCCAAAGAUGUACGCAAUGGCAUGUACAAGGGAGGUAGGUGGAGGAGAAAAGACACCCUUUUUCAAUGAUAAGGUUUUGUGUGCCAAUUUGGAUUGGUUGGAGCUAUCGUCCACUAACAUCCAGAAAUUAUGGCCAGAUGUACCACACAGUGCCAUAUCCUCUAGUGUUCAUAAGUUGCGAAUCUUAAUUGUGAAGGGUUGCCACAAUUUGGAAUAUAUAUUUCCAUCCUUUUCAAGAAAAAAUUUUGUGCAACUCGUUCAACUUCGCCUUGUCGAUUGCGACAACUUAGAAGAAGUGAUCUUUACAGAUGAAGCGACAGCAGAAGAAGAAGGGAUAACUGAGGCUUACUGGUUCACUAAACUAAAUCUAUUGGAGCUCAGUAGGCUUCCAAAAUUAGGGACAUUCUGUCAUGGAGAAAACUCAGAGACUGGUUCCCCAACCCUCUUCAACCAAAAGGUUGUGUUCCCUAACUUGAUCCAUUUGACCAUUCAAGGUAUUGGGAAGUGCAGAAAGAUAUGGCACGAUAAACCCAAUAUGAAUUCAUUUAAUGAAUUGACCUUCCUCUUGGUGAAAGACUGUGAAAGAGUUUCAAAUAUUUUACCUUUUAGUGUGGUGAAAAGACUUGAAAAGCUAGAAACUCUGGUAAUAGAGGAAUGUAAGUCGGUUGAAGAAAUAAUUGGACCUGAUGACGAUCACUUACGCAAUUCCAAUGACUCACACGCAGAGACAUCCGCCCAAUCGGUCGAACUCAAAUCAAUCACCAAGUUUGUGUUUCCUAAAAUAACAAAGUUGUAUCUUGGAGUGCUACCCAAGUUGAAGGGUUUCUACUCCAAGGUGCAUACUACGGAAUGGCCAUCCUUGGAAAAAUUGGUGGUGAGUGAUUGCAGCAAAGUAGAGAAUUUGGCUAGGGGGUAUAUCAACUUUGGAGAAACACAAGGAGAGAGCCAACCUCUGAUCUCUGUUCAACAACCCCUGUUUUGGGUCACUGAGGAAGCAUUCCCCAAUUUAGAAGAAUUACAUGUGAUUCGGAACAGAAAUAUGAAGGAGAUAUGGCAUGGAGCACUUCCAAACCUAUAUUUUCCCCAACUCACAAGAAUGUGUGUUAUAUAUUGCCAAAUGUUAAAAGAAAUCAUAGCUUCAACAACUGAUGAACUCAUGAAUGGCAUCGUUUUCUCCCAACUCAAGUCUUUAGAACUUGAUCGCCUUCCAAUCCUAUCAAGGUUCUGCACAGGGAAUUAUACCUUAGUAUUUCCUUCCUUGGAAGAAGUAAUCAUGAGACAUUGUCCAAAGAUGGAACUUUUCACAAAGGGAAAGUUAAGCACACCAAAGCUUCAUGGACUACAAUCAACUAAAGGUGAAUAUGUAGGGCUCUGGGAAGGCGACCUUAAUGCUGUCAUUCAACAGUUGUUUGUAGAAAAGGUUUUCCCGGGCUUGGAGGAUUUGGAGCUAUCUUCAAUCAGCAUUCAGCGAGCAUGGAAACACAAGCUUCUGGCCACACAUUCUUAUGCCCAAAAUUUAACAUGCUUGACUAUUAGGGGCUGUCAUAAUUUGAACUGCCUAUUCUCGUCCUCUAUGGUUAAAAGUUUUGUGCAUCUCAAGAAGCUAACGGUCGAAAACUGUGAGAAUGUGGAAAAUUUGAUCUUUUUGGAAGGAUUAGCCAAAGAAGAAAUGAUGAACCAGAAGUUUCGUGUACUAGAAUUUCUAUUGCUCAAAAACCUUCCUAAACUGACUAGAUUCUGCCAUGGAAAUUACUUUGAAUUCCCCUUGUUGACAAGUCUUAGUAUAGAAAGUUGUCCUACACUAAGAACAUUCGUCUCCGGUGCAAAAGGAAUCAACUCGGAGAUUCCCUCUCUGACUCUCUUCGAUCAAAAGGUGGCAUUCCCUUGCUUAGAUGAACUGACCAUCAUAGGUGUGGGAAACUGGAGAAAGAUAUGGCAGAAGCAGCCAACUAAUUGCCUGAGGAUUCAUUUUGCAAAUUACUAA